AUGCUUUAUUACAUCGGUUUUGGUCAAUUGAAGAACCCGGUUCCUAAAACGGAAGACGAUCUGUGUGAGAGGUGGCUUACCAAAUCUACAUUACGAGACACAGAUGGGCGUUUUUGUAUUGCUCUACCGUUUCGACACCCCGUUUUCAUUAAUGACGAUGGUAUUCAAAUAACCAAUCCAAAGUCUGGAAUUAGGUCGUCAACUCGGAGAAUCCCGAUCUUUAGCUUUGAAACGGCCACUGGACUUGGAAUAUCGCCUCCAAAAGGACAGGCUGUUGUAUGA